GCACUCUCCCAAAAAAAAAACAUCUCUAGCAAUACACACCAAACUGAGCAUGUGCAGAGUGUCUCCACACAAUAUGUCUUAUCAACUGAAAAGAGGGGGACACUGGAAGAAGGGGAGUAUCAGAGAAGUCAGGAUCAAUCAGCCUUUUUACACAAUGCAGAGGAUUCACCCCUUAGGUUUGACAGUUCUAGUAUGAAUGAGUCUUAACCAGGGGCGGCCUGACAACUCAUGGGCCCCCCGGGCAAUAGGGGAUCAUGGGGCCCCUGUGUCCUUGCCCAAACUCAAAAAAGCCUAU